UUUUUUUUUUGGAAGAAAUCUGAAAAAUAAAAAGGUAUUGAAAAUUUUGAAAAGUUUUAGGAUAAAUAUACAUGAAUGGUGUUGUUGAAGAAUGUAUUACAGAAUCUGACUGCCAUAGAUUUCCUGCGCUCUCUACCUCACGCACCGCCGAACGCCCAAAACAGAGAACGCACAGUGGCGGAGUUGUGUGGAUUUCCAUCGUCUUCAAUUCGAAGCCGAAAUCUCCUGUUCUUCCAUUUUAGUAUGUCGACUUUAACGAUCCUCCUUUUUUUCUUGAUUCCCUCCAACUUUGUCCGUCUUUCUCUUUGUUUCUUGCCCGAUCAAAACGUCACCCUCUCCGGUGAUGCGCAUUUCAGAAACAAUGCCAUGCUUCUCACCCAAGAAACCAAUUGCCUUCCCUUUUCUUCUUCCAUCUCCCCUGCAUCCUCUGCCUCUGUCUCUUCUGGCGUUGGCGCCGCCUUCUACAACAACCCGAUUCGCUUUCUUGAUUUCUCCACCAAUUCCACCGCUUCUUUCUCCACUAAAUUCUUCCUCACCGUCGUUCCCACCUUACUUUGCCCUUCCGCCGAUGGAAUCGCUUUCCUCAUCACCUCCGAUUCCGAAUCUUUCAGCCGCUCUAAUGGGUAUAUGGGCCUUCCCGACCCCCCGCCAAAUUCCCACCACUCUUUCAUCGCUGUCGAAUUCGACACAAGUUUCAACGCUGAUCUUGGAGACAUUAAUGACAACCAUCUUGGCUUUGAUGUCAACUCUGCGACCUCUUUGUCCUCUGUGGAUUUUGGGUCCAGGGGCAUUUUCCUCAAAAAUGGGAGAAAGAUUACCGCAUGGAUUGAGUACAAGGAAGACUCGAAAAAGAUCCAUGUCUGGGUUGGCUAUUCGCAGACAAGGCCUGAAAAUCCUCUUCUUGUUGUGGAGGUUGAUCUUUCCAAGCAAUUUAAGGAGUUCAUGUAUGUGGGGUUCUCUGCUUCUAACGGACGGGGCUCUGCUCUUUACAUUGUUGAUCAAUGGAAAUUUAGAACUUUUGGGUUGGUACCUUCUUUGAGUUCUGUUGAUACCAUUACUGAAGGAGACUGUUUCAUGUGCUCAUCGGAGGAUUCGAGUGCGAAUAGCAAUCGUUCUGUCAACGCUCGUCAACGGAGGAAGAUGAUUGGAGAGAUAACCCUUGGUUUAGGAGGUUUAAUUGCAUUUCUUUGCUCUAUUAUUGUCAUUGUUGGUUUGGUUAGUUUUAUCUUGAUGGAUAAAUUGAGAGGUAGAAUGUGCAUAUGCAUAGCAACUCCUGAAACCAGUCAAGUUGAGACGAACAGAGUUCCAUUGAGAUUAUCCCUUGGGGAGGUAAAGUUGGCUACAAUGGACUUUAAUGAAGAUAGAAUUGUUGGGAGAGGUGGUUCUGCAACUGUUUACAAAGGAUGUCUUCCAGUCAGUGGAGAAGUGGCUGUUAAACGAUUCGCACCAGACAUGGCGAACAAUCGUAUGCACAAUCCUUUCACCACAGAGUUUGCAACUAUGGCGGGGUGCUUACGACACAAGAAUUUGGUUCAGCUUCAUGGAUGGUGUUGUGAGGCAAACGAGUUGGUUCUUGUUUACGAGUUCUUGGCCAAUGGUAGCCUCGGCGAACUUCUUCAUAAGCGCUCACGGAAUUCACAGUUUGUUCUUCCUUGGAAGAAAAGGGUUUCCAUAGUUCUUGGGAUUGCUUCUGCAUUGACAUAUCUCCAUGAAGAGUAUGAGAGACAGAUUAUCCAUAGAGAUGUCAAGACCUGCAACAUUAUGAUUGAUGCAGAUUUCAACGGUAAACUCGGGGAUUUCGGUCUAGCAGAAGUGUAUGCACGCAAUUCACUCAGAAGGGAAGCAACUAUACCAGCUGGAACAAUGGGAUAUCUCGCACCUGAAUACGUUUAUUCUGGAGUUCCCACUGUUGAAACCGAUAUUUACAGCUUUGGAGUCGUGUUGCUCGAAGUAGCCUCGGGAAGGAGGGCUGUAAACGAAGAGGGGACCGUGCUGGUCGAUUGGAUUUGGAAUCUAUGGGAAACGGGGACACUAACUGAAGCAUCUGAUUCAAAGUUGAUGGGAAACUACAAUGUAGUAGAAAUGGAGAGAAUGCUAAUGGUGGGACUGUUUUGUGUACACCCAAAUUAUGUUAAGAGGCCAACUGUGCGAGAAGCUGCAAAGAUCCUUAAAGGGAAAGCACCACUUCCUGUACUGCCACCAAGGAAGCCAAGGGUCCGCAUCAAGCCUGUUGUUCCUGAUGAUUCUGAGGAUAGCAUAGAUAGUCCUCGUGACGAUAUUCCCAGCCUCGACGAGUGGAUGACCCCCAAGAGUGAAUUUUAUAGCUGAACCGUAACGCAAUACACGGUGCCACGGAGAUUACAAAGACAUCAAAUAUUGGAAAUGACCUGAAAAGACUCAAAACUAGAGGUUUGCUGCAUUGUUUGUUUUUUCUUUAGGGUGUGUUUUUGUUAGGUUUACAUGAAUAAGAACAUAAUUGCUGUAUGCCCCAAAACUGAAUUUAUUCAUGAAAUAUUCAAGCACCAUAUAUUUCUUGUGUA